ACCGUAGGGGAUACGAGCGACGGACAGAUACGGGAGAACAGUGGCCGCUAGUAGGACCGUUUUAUCCCCAAUGAUUUAAUCAUAUGAGCGGUUAAAGAAGCGUUUUUAUCACCAUGAAAUUGGAUUUUCUAAGGAGGUAGCUGAUAUCGAGGCUCCUUGCAGGCUACUGACAGGGAGAAAUGCAGAGACGAGGUUAGACCUUGAAGAUCAACAUGUGCUUUGCACUGCUGACUAACAAAAAGAAGCUCUUGUAGCUGGAGGAAGAUUGCCUACCCUAACAUUUCCUCCUCCUCUACUUCUUCCUGGGGCCAAUGACCGGACCCAAUUCCCCAAGCCGGACUGGCACCUCUACAGCUAAGCUGAGCAGGCAUGGCCGGUCCAAGAGCACCAGCUCACACUGCCUCCUCCGCUGCAGCACCCAGGAGUCCUCCUCUUUGUCUCCCCCAAAGAACAGUUCGAGAUCCCCCGAGGAGGAAGAGGAGAAGGAUGGAGGGGUUCUUUUCUACGUUAAUCGAUCUGGUUUUCCUAUCGAGAGUGUCACCUGGGAGAGGAUGUGGUCCCAUGUGGCGGCCGUGCACCCUGACGGCCAGGAGAUGGUGGACAGGAUACGAAAUGCUGCAUACCUUCCCAAGCAUCCAAUUCCCUCAAUUCCAACUUUCAAGCCGUCCAUGUCCGUCCCAGACUGGCUGUUGGCCGUCCAGAACUUCAUGAAGGCUUUGCAAUAUAACCACACAGGAACUCAGUUCUUUGAAAUCAAGAAGAGCCGUCCACUGUGUGGAUUAAUGGAGACGGCGAGAGAGAUGAUCAGGGAGUCUUUACCAAUCAAAUGCCUCGAGGCCGUCAUCUUGGGAAUCUACCUGACCAAUGGGCUGACGUCUCUUGAGCGUUUUCCCAUCAGCUUUAAGACCCAGUUUUCGGGUCACUGCUUUCACCAUGUUGUGCUGGGCGUCUAUUGCAAUGGCCGGUAUGGGUCGCUCGGUAUGAGCCGCCGCCAGGACCUGAUGGACAAACCACUCACCCAUCGGACUCUCGGAGAACUGGUGGCUGAAUUUGAAAACUCCUACAAGAGAUACCAGCACACACUAAAGAAGGUGAAGAUUGGUUUGUACGUGCCUCACGACCCACAUGUCUUCCAGCCAAUUGAAUGGAAGCAUUUGGUGCUGAACCUGGCCUGUUUGGGAGCUCAGGAGAUGAAAAAAGAGCUAGAGAAACAUGGGCGGGACAUGAGGAUGAAGAUCCUAAAAUCAUCCAGUGCCCAGUCACCGAUCAAAGAGCGAAGCCGAGGGAAGUCCUUAUCGCCACGGCGUCGACAGAGCAGCCCGCAGCGACGCUUCACGCACCACAGAGACAAAUCGCUGGCCUCAGUGGAGAGGAAACCUCCAGAACUCAGCAUGCUCAAUGACGGCUACCAGAUCCGCAUCUGAUCCCCUCCUUCACCUAUGAGACUCCUUCAGCUUCUCCAUAUCCGUCCAGGCUCCUCAGCCACCCUGAUCCAAGAGUCUCUACCCAACCCAGCGAGAGAGUCGCCAAAACCCGAGCCACAUUUUUUACACAGACGAGGUGGAUGGUGUUAUUUAAAACAAGAGAGCGGCUUAAAUGGAAGACCGUGACAGUAGUUGGCCUGUUCCUGAUAUUUCUUACAGUGUUUACUCAUUUCUGUAGCAAUAAAUCCCUUAAAAUAGUCUCAUCAUCAUCAUUCAUAGGCCAUGAGGGGUGGCUUUUAUCAUUCUGUUGGUAUUUUAAACCAGUAUUCUUUUUUUGGUUGAAAUAGUCACCCUCUCUUAGAGACAAGCACUCGAGCAAAAUCAGCUCAAAUGUAUUUGUUAAGUUAUUAUAUGUGUUCACCAGGAGGUGGAAUGGGAAGUUGUCAAUAUAAAUAACUGAAAGUAUUCGUCAGUGGUUAAAAUGACAUCGUCAUGCUGGAACAAAGAGAUGUUCGGGUGUCGUUGCAUCAAACACAGCUGGUGAAAUAUUCACUUGUGGGAUGUUUUGGUGUCUAAGAAGUUCUCAGAACACCAGGGGAAUUAUGUUUUAUCACAGGUGGAAGUGAUGAUGACUUUUUUUUGUUUGUUUGUUUGGGCAAAGCCAACAUGAAGACGACUGAAAUUACCACCUGUGGAACUGAGCUCAAGAGAUUAAAGCUUCAUUUUUUAUUUUUUAUUUUUUUUAAGAAGGAAAAAAACAAAUCUGAAGGGAAGCUCUGGUCUGCCCCUCGACUUUUAUAUAGCGGUUCGCUGUAAAUGAUCCAAGUCAUAACUUACUCCUCAACCAGCAGCAGUUUUAGGAAGAUGAUUAAGUAAACUCCUGUGUGCCAACUGUAUUGAUUACAGUGGAAGUGCUAUAAAGUAUGCGGGGAAAUCAAAGAUGCAGAAUCAAUAGAGAGGAUAAAAGAAGAGGAGGAUGAAGUGAAGCAGUGUGAGAAACGAGGGAGCGAUUCAGAGAGACGAUUCGCUGCAGAAGACGGAGUGAUCAUUAGAGCACUGCAGCAAUGUUCACGUCUCAUCUGCUCCUCUUCCUCAGGCGUCUGUUGAAACAUAAUUGCAUGCAUAACCAUAACUCUGUUCCCAAACAUCACAAAAGAAAAACUUCAUGGAAGACGAUCGAAAGACCCCAGGAACAGGCUAGACUCGGUUAAUAGUCACAUUUUUUUUUUAUAUGAAGACAGAAGAGCACAUUUUCUAUCAAGAUAAAUAGGCAGACUUGGCAUUUCCAUCCACAUCUGAAUUUAUUAAAGAGAAUCAUUUUCAUCAUAUUCACUUUGCAGCAAAGAGCAAAGAAAAGCUCUGCUGUUGGAUGGAAAUCACAGACAAAUUAAAAAAAAAAAAUAAAUAAAACAGUUGUGGGUUUAAUUGCUCACACAGCUCAUGUCUGAGCCGUAAGAGGGGGGGAGGGCAAAUACAGCAAAAGCUGGCCAGAAUCUUGGGAAACAUUGAUCAUAAUCUUUGGUUUGUAGUGUGGGGGAGAAAAUCAAUAUGUGAAUUUUGUUUUUCUCAUCCUUUCAUUUACCAGUGGCCGACUGGAUUUCCUGUUUCCUGCUAAAAUAGGAAAAAUAUACACUGAAAAAAGCAGAGCUCAAAUGAAAAUGGUAAGCUUGACAUACAAACAAGAACCUGCAAGCCAAACGUUAAAUACACGGUGCUCUGUUCUCACACAAUGCACCAAAAAAAAAGAAAAAUCUUGAUCCAAAAGUCAGGAGUCAUUAUUUCCAAAACUAGCUUGGAGAAAACCUGUAGAGUUCAGCUGUGGCUGCUCUGUGUGUUCACACGGUAAACCAACAUAGCGCUGGCCAGCUGACUGCUGUUCCACCAACAGCUGGAACAUAAAAUGAUUCAGCUGAUCCAAGAUCAGCUGCAGCCAGUUUCUCUACUAAGGCAAACGAGGAGCGAGGUCAGAUGUUGCUGACUGAAUGAAUCUCAGCAACAAAAGCCUCAUUCAAGACGGCCAGAGAGGAUGUAACAGUCUGUGCAAGCUGUCGGCAGAUAUCAGAGACGGGGCCAGAGAGCCCUUCAAGGUGUUUUGAUACAAAAUGAGAAAAAUAGUUCUGAAAUGUCCAGGUUUUAAUCUAAAUUAGAUUUGCUUUUUUUUCUUAAUAGCGUGAAAAAAAACAUAAGUUUCUUCUACAGCCAAUAUAAAGCUGUUUUACAAAUUCAUUCAGAUAUUACCUAAAGGAGGAUAUUCGAUGUUCUUUAGCUUCCCAGUUGUGUGCUGUCCAGUGUGCCACACACUCUAACCAAAUCAUUUAUUUGUGAGAACGGUGCAACGUCUGCAAGAUGAGUGCUAAUCUUUUUGUGUGUUUUUUUUUAAGUACAGGAGACAAUAAGGGCAAAACACACAAGUUCUCAGAGCAGCUCGAAGAAGCUUGUUUUUGCCCCCUGAAGCCAAGUGACCUAUAAGAGUCCAUUCAGUACUGUAUGCAGUUUCACACUCGUACACUUGAUCUAUCCUAAAGGUGGUCCAAAAAUUCCAGUCAAGCUUAAAUCCGAUGGUUUUUUUGGAUUCUCCUGUUGAGGCCUUCAGUGAAUAGCUAAGCUAAGCUCAGAAGCUUGAAAUCACACAUUACAUGCAUUCAGCAUUUAUCCAUCUGAAUACAAAUGCUUGAAAUGAUGGUUGAAUAUCUCAUAUCUGCAUAUUCAGAUUUUCUUUCAAUAUGUAAACAAACAUUUAAUCAAAGCAGAUUUUAAGCAUGCACGCCUUUAUGUGAUCUGUUAUCUACAUCUGUGUUUAUCAAUGUCUGUUACAUCCGCAGAAUGUGGUUUUACGUCUUUUUGGUGACAAUUGCAGAAGUCAGUUUGAUUCAAAACAAGAUAUUUCUAAGUACAUCCACAGUCCUCCAUCACUGCCCACAGACCAGCUCUAUCCACAGUUAUUCAUUCGGACAAAUUUACAUUAAUUUGGUGGCUUAGGAUAAAUAUUCAGAAUUGUAUUGACUUCUGUAGUUUUCACCUGAACGUUUAAGUCAGAUUGGUGUUUCCCAAAACAGCCAGAGUUUGAAGCUCGUCUUUGUUCACUUACACCAGGGCGCUGAGUAAAGAUCCCCGUGGAACGCUGUUUUUAACCUUGUGCUUCGCUUUUAAAAAAGGAACGUUAGAUAGUGUUAAAGAGGCGAGGAGUGGUUCCUGUUUUGUUGGACAGUUAGUGGCUGUAGGUUGCUGAGGUAUUUAACACAAUUAAGGAAAGUCCAGGCUCUGGGCUUGCAAAUACAGAUGCUUCAGAUUCUAAAAAUCAUAUCUAAAGUCAAAAAUUGAAACCCAUACCUGAUAUUUUUGUGGGCUAAUCUCCUUAUUUCAGUGUCGUCCACUUUGUAGAUUGCUCCCUGACAGUCUGACCACUCGCACGCGUUCCUCAGAGUUGGUUUUGGGGAAAAGGAAAAGUCAGAGGGAGCUAAAUCUGCCUUUUCAGUGCACUGUGUCCAUCCACAUAGUACCAGACACCAAAACUCAUUUGGUAGGGAGAAUUUACAGUGCAACAGGUGAAACCGGCUGCCCUGGAAGAGGUUCAGAUGGGAACAAGGAGAUGACCCAAAAUGGAAGAUUGUCCAGAUUUAGAUCAUGCAAUGUUUUACUACUAUUAGCAGAGUUGUAGAACUUGAUAUGCAUAUUUAGUAAUCAAACACAUUUGUUGUCCCUUAAGGAAAGACUGGUGAGGAACCCUUAAUUUGGCAUUAUUCACUGGGUGCCUUUAACAGGGUGUGAACCUGGUCCUAUUUGAACUGUGUGUCUAACAGAGCAAAGGUGAUCUUUAAUGGCUGGAACGUUCUGGGAAACCUUUAUUUUUUCUUUGGUUAUUCAGAAGGAUUUCGGAAAUCUACGUGCAAAUGUGAUCAUUUGAUUGUUUUAUCGAUUUUCUUUGAAUGUUUCACUACACCCUCUGAAUCACAGAACGUGUGUGUUUUGUUGCCAGUUGCCACUGCGAACAUGUUAUCCUAGCUUUUUGCUUCAACAGUGAGCUAUGCACGCACUGUGUUACCCGAAACAUAUGAAUCCUUGUCUUCCACAGUUCAAAUGUUGGAGGGGGAAAGUGUUUGCCGCUCAAUUUACACAAGUCAUGUUUUCAACCAUCCGCACAGAAACAAAUCUUUCAGAAUGAUUCUACUUAGCUUUUUUCUUCUGUAUAUCCAGCCUGAUUCAAGGUGCUGUGAGCAAAGCAGAAUAUUUUUUAGAUAUUCCUGAUGUUUGGACCAGCGCAGCCCAGAGACUGUCACAUGUGAAACUCUGGAACAAACUAACCAGCCGAGCGUGUUCAUAUUUGUGCUGAUGGUUGCGUGUUGAUACUUUCUAAAGGCUUGAUGUUUGUUAGCAUAUAGAAGAAGCACAAAGUUAUUCUGCUUUUUGAGUCUGUUUCACUGCAAUGAAAUGAUGCAUUUUCUUACUGAAGAAGCAACAUAUCUCAGAAGAUUUUGAUGCUGAUGCUGUUGUAUUUUUGGAACUACAAACUGAUGAUCAACAAGUUUCGAAGGGCCUAACUUCAGACUUCUCUCGAUGACUGUGAUGACUUUGUCUUUGUUGAAAGAUAAAGAUCAAAACUUUACCCAAAGACAGUGAUAAACAACCAGACUGCUGAGCAGGGACACACAAACUGCAUCAUGUUACGUUUCACUGAGGUCACAAAUGGCAGCAAAGCAACCUGAAACAGUUAAACUCCAUGUAGCAACUUAGAUUUGUUUCUGUGUCCGUUUGCAAUUGCAACUUCUGUGCUUGACAAUUUAUCUGACUGAAUCCGUUUUAUUUGGAGUUUGAUAAUCGAUUGUAAUCUAUCAUUGUGAAUGACAAGUGUUUCUUUAAAAACAAAAAAACAGCCUGUACUUGUAGCAGGUGCUGUUUUUGAAGGCCUUUGAGUUGUUUUCAAGUGCUCAUACCAUGUUUCUCCACUCCUACGCUAACUGUUCUGGUCUUGUUCCCAAACCUUUUCUGUCAUGCUCGACCUUAGAUUGAAAAAAAAAAAAAAAGUUGGUUUAAUUUCUGUCAAAUAUUCAGCCAGUGACCUCAUUCAUGCAUGCUUAAGGACUGGUUGGUAACUCUCUGGCAACUUCCUGUCGCUAGGGAAAAAUGCGCCUUCACUGACCAGCUGGCGAGUGGUUGCUGGUGGUUGCCAGAGGAAAUUGGUCACAAAGUUGCUUUGGUCACUAGCAGAUUCCCACGGUUGCCCAUAGUUUGCAUGGAGGGCACAAACUUGUCUGCAAUUGCUCACCAAGAGCAUAGUGGACCUAAUUAAUGACGAGGAGGUUUUCAGCGCACCACCAUCUACCACCUAACACCUGCAAAUUGGUCGAGGAGUACACUUUUUUCCAACAAAGAAGCUGUUGCUGAGGGUCACUGACUGGUCCCUAGGCCUGUGUGAUGGGGCGGCUAACAGGGUUAAACUGUUCAUUAAAUCUCCUACUUUUGUCCUCUGCAGCAGCUUUACACAGAUCCAAUGUACUAUAUCCUGUUCUUAAGUUCAGCUUUUCAUAAAUCAGCUUUACCUUAAAAGUAUUAUCACAUUACAAAAAAAACCAAAUCCUCAUGUGCAGUAUGUUGCAGCCACAUUAUUGCAACAGAUGUCACAGACUUUAUAUCAUAGCUGUCUUGAUGGCCUAGAACAAGGAUGCCGAUCACAGACGUACCCUGCUGUUGCAUCCAAUAAUUUAAAAAAAAAUGGAAAUCUGUUUGUGCCACAGCUGCUGACAAACUGAAACACAUAUAAAUACAAACAGUCUGGUGGACGGUGACGUGUAUCCACGCCAAGCUUCCAGUGCCUCAGCCGUGUCAGAUGGAAAUGUUUUUGCUUUAAUUACAACCUUGUAUCUCUGCUUUGUGUUCGGAGGAGUUGCCCUCGUGUGUUCCACGAAUAACAUGUCAUUCACGCUGACCGCAAGUUUUCCUUUCGUGUUUGGCUCACUGGUUUUAUUCAGAUGUUCUGUGAAAAUAAGAAAACAAAAAAGAUGUUUUGUUUCCUGUUUUCUUGCCCGUUUUUCUUUUUUUUUUUUUGAGCCUGUAAAGCGGACACGUUUACUUCGUGCUGCAAAGAACAAAGGGACAGGCAGCCUAGUUUGUGGCCCAUGAAAAGCAAAAAUAAGUGUGUGUCUGUGUGUGAAAGCUGCAUAUUUAUCCAGUGAUGAAUUUGAUUUAACAGCUCAGUGGACUGACUGGAGCCAAUGGAUCGGAUUGAUGAACACUGAGUUUGAGGAAAGUGCUCUAAAGAACACACACACACACACACACUUCAUCCAGAUUUCCUGUGUGAAAACACAGUGUGAGUUUUUUUGUGUGUUUUAUGGCAAUCAAUGGUGGGAGAAAUUGUGAGCCCAGUGAUCAUUAUUAUUGUAAAUCUCCUACUGUUACAGUGUCAUUGGUCUUGAUUGCAGCUGUUUUUAUCAACAACUGUAGCAGCAUGUGUUCUUUUAAUAAAUAUUCUAUGUUUUUAA